UUCACUGCUCCGCUAUGGUGGAAACCUCUCCCUUCAGAGUGCCAUGAGUGUCCGGUUCAACAGCAAUGGAACCCAGCUGCUGGCACUGCGUCGGCGCCUUCCCCCAGUCCUCUAUGACAUCCACUGCCGGCUGCCUGUCUUCCAGUUUGACAACCAAGGGUACUUCAACUCAUGUACCAUGAAGAGCUGCUGUUUUGCAGGUGAUCGUGAUCAGUACAUCCUUUCGGGCUCUGAUGACUUCAAUUUGUAUAUGUGGAGGAUUCCUCCAGAUCCAGAAGCAGGUGGCAUUGGCAGGGUCGUCAAUGGUGCUUUCAUGGUAUUGAAAGGUCAUCGGUCGAUUGUAAACCAAGUCCGCUUUAAUCCUCACACUUACAUGAUCUGUUCUUCUGGCGUUGAAAAGAUUAUAAAGAUCUGGAGUCCUUACAAGCAGCCUGACUGCACAGGGGAUCUGGAUGGUAGAAUUGAGGAUGAUUCACGUUGCCUCUACACUCAUGAAGAGUACAUCAGUCUUGUCUUGAACAGUGGUAGUGGUUUGUCCCAUGAUUAUGCCAACCAGUCAGUCCAGGAAGAUCCGCGGAUGAUGGCCUUUUUUGACUCCCUGGUGCGCCGGGAGAUUGAGGGAUGGAGUUCUGACUCAGACAGUGACCUCAGUGAGAGCACAAUCCUGCAGCUCCACGCAGGAGUAAGUGAACGCUCUGCUUACAGUGAGUCGGAGUCCUCUGCCUCUUUGCAUCACUCCCCACCACAUGUGGCUGAAGAGUCUGAUGAAACUGCCUAUAACUUAAGGGCCUUAAGAUCAACUGAAUCCCCCUCAGCCAGAGAAGACGUGGCUUCCCGUCAGCAGAGGCUCUCUGCACUGAGAAAGUAUCAGGAUAAACGUCUCCUGGCCCUUUCCAAUGAAUCUGACUCUGAUGACAAUACCUGUGAGGCAGAACUAGAUACAGACCUUUUCCCACGGCCACGGUCCCCGAGUCCUGAGGAGAAUGAAUCCAGCAGUUCCAGCAGCAGCAGCAGUACAGAAGAUGAAGAGGAACUGAAUGAACGACGCACAUCUAUGAGGCAACGCAAUGCGCUGAGGCGCCGACAGAAGGUGCAAAAGGAGGAAAGGACUAGCACUAACACAGAGAAUGUGACCCCCUACAUAGGUGAGGAUAUCUAUGAUUACCCACAGAUCAAAGUAGAUGACCUUUCUUCUUCUCCAGCUUCUUCACCAGAAAGGAGUUCAGCCAUCAAAGAAGUUCACAAAGAAAGGAUGUCUCCUUGUUCAGACAGUGAAUCAGUGGAGAGAAAGAUUUACAAAGCUUACAAAUGGCUUCAUUAUUCUUACAUAUCAUAUUCAGCUAGUAAAGAUGGUGAAUCCUCCAGAGGAGAUGGAGAGAAUGAUGAUGGGAAACCAGGAACUAGUGGAAGGCACAGUACAGCACACUUGCUAAAUAAGGAAGAUGGUAGGAACUUGAAUUCAGUAGUUCCUCAAGGUUCCCCAGCUCUUUCUACUGAAAGCCGCAACAAAGAACCUUUAAAAGAAUGUGGCUUGAUAGAAAAUUCUAGUAAUGGUCAAGCUCAUGAAUGUGACAAUCAGCGGCAUGUGGAGGGUCAAGAAAACACAUCUGAAGACACUAGUAGUGGAGGUAUAGAGCAUUCUUUUGAGACUAAAAAGCUCAAUGGAAAAGCUAACCGCAAAGGGCUAAAUAGUUGUACUGAAGAACCUUGCAUUCAGACUGGAGGACUUGUGGAACAGAAAAAUAGUCAGAACUGUCAACCAGCAUCAAGCCAUCACUCACUGGUCCCUCCGUUCUCCACUGUUGCCAUCCAUAGCAUGUCGGGUCACUGCUCCAGAAACCAGACUGAUGACAGUGAGGAGAGGAGCCUCGACACCUCCUGUGUUAACCACAAUAACGGCCACUUGCAUCUUCGCCCUUCAUGCUUCAACAAUGGACAGAGUUUUGGGGAGCAGGAGACUGUGACGCAAGGACUACAGGUGCACUCAAAUGCUGAUAAUGGCAACCUUGUACAGAUGGGCGUGACCUUGCACAAAGACUGCUGCCUGUCUGAAAUGGACUCCAACAGCUACAAUGUGAGCACAAGAGAGGAUACUGCUGACUUCCAUCCGACGGGCAGUGAGAGCACUCAGUCUCUCGGAGGACUGAAAAGACACAGAGCGGAGUUGGAAGAUGCAGAUUCAGAGUCUUCAUCCUUAGAAAAGAAGUUAAAAACAUGA